AUGCAUUUGCUCAAUCUACUUCCACUGCUCUCCCUCGCCUCGCUGGGAACUUCCCUCCCAAGCGAUAACCAACAAAACGGACCAGAAAGCAUCACGCCCUACACACCCUCCUCUUCUUCUUUCUCGGUCUACCCAACACCAACACCCUCAGGCAAACCCGGCGGCACACGCCUCGGGCGCGCUGUGGUGGUCAAUCAUUGCAGAAACCCAGUGUACAUCUGGUCCGUCGGCUCCACCGUCCGGCCGGAGGUGACCCUCCUCCCCCAAACACAAUACACUGAGACUUUCCGGGAGGACCCCGUCGCCGGCGGCAUCGCUAUCAAGAUCAGCACUGAGGAAGAUGGACUGUAUGUUAGUGCGCCCACGACGGUGUUUGCGUAUAACUUGUCCGACCACCAGGUGUGGUACGACCUCUCCGAUGUGUUUGGCGAUCCCUUUGCGGGAUACCCUGUGCGCUUGCACCCUGCGGAGCCGGAGAUCUACUGGCAGCAGGGCAUUCCGCCGGCUGGUAGCCAGGUACGGGUGAUGGAUGCGUCGACGGAUUUGGUGUUGACGCUCUGUUGA